GGAGGGUAGGUUCGAGAUAGGAACAAAAUUUGCAACAAUUGAUGGGUUCAAAGAAGUGGUAAAAGACAUGUUCAUUUCUGAAGGGAGGGAACUGCUGUGGAUCAAAAAUGAUAAAGAAAGGGUGAGGGUUGGCUGCAGAGGUGAAGAAUGUCCAUGGCUAGCACAUCUAUCCUACAACAAAACAUUGUUAUGUUAUCAGGUAAAGACUUACAAGGUAGAGCAUACAUGUGCUAGAGACCUGGGCAGCAAUGCAGCUGAUCAAUACUGGGUCAGCAAGAAAGUGGAGAAGAGAAUGGCUAGUCAACCUCAUAUGACUACUAAUGAGGCAAUUGAGUUUCUUAGAGAAGACUUUAAUCUAGUGUUGCAUCCGAAGAUGGUCUACAGGGCAGUGAAAGAGGCCAAAGAGAGGAUUAUGGGAAAUGAAAAGGAACAGUAUGGGAAGCUUAGGGACUAUACCAUGGAGAUCAUUAAGAGUAAUCCGGGAUCGACUGCAAGAGUUGAUGUGAUCCCAAUCCCUCAAUCCCUACCUGUCUUUGACAAAAUAUAUAUCUCCUUUGAGGGUUGUAAGCAAGGCUUUAAGUCUGGGUGUAGGCCUUUCAUCCAUCUAGAUGGAGCAUUUUUGAAGACAUAUCAUGGAGGCCAACUACUGUCAGCGGUGGCACAGGAUGCCAAUAACCAAUUCUACGUAGUAGCAUAUGGAGUUGCAAGAUCGGAGACGAAGGAAUCCUGGAAAUGGUUCCUCACACUGCUUCAGGAAGAUCUGGGUGAUGCACAUCAAUUUGGUUGGAACUUUAUGUCCGACCAACAAAAGGGUCUGCUACCAGCCUUAAAGGAGGUAAUGCCGAGAGCACAUCAUCGGAACUGUGUGAUGCACAUGUGGAAAAACUUCAUAAAUAGGUUCAAAGAUAUGCACAUUAGAGACAUCGUAUGGGACUGUGCUAGGUGCACCACUGAACCAGAGUUCAAAGAGACCAUGGAGAAGCUGAAGGGGGUGAAUAAGGCAGCAUGGGAGUAUCUGAUGAGGUUUGAACUAGCCACUUGGGUUAAGGCUUUCUUCAGUCAUGGCCCCAAGGUGGAGAACCUAACUAACAACAUGUGCGAGGUAUUUAAUUCAAAAGUCGUUAAGUACAGAAUGAAGCCAGUUUUGACUAUGUGUGAGGAAAUUAGGUGCUACCUAAUGCGGAGAAUGACCAAGCAUAUUAGGCUGUUAGAGCACCAUAGUAGAAAGCUUGCACCCGUUCAGGAGAAAAGGUUGCAGAGGCUGAUAAAACCCAGCAGCAGGUGGAUUGCCGAAUGGGUGGGAGAUAACGAACGAAAGAGAUUUCAAGUUAGCAGAAAGCAAACCAAAGUAGAUGUGGAUUUGAUCAAACACACUUGUUCAUGCAAUGUUUGGCAACUGACCGGUAUAUCUUUAAUUUUGAGUGAUUUUCUUUAAGGCUGAUCUACUAUAAUGCUAGGUAAUAUGUUUUGAAUGAUUUCAGGGCUGAUCUAAUAUAGUGCUAGGUA